AUGGUGCAUAAUAGAGCACCGGAUGGAAUGGAUAUUUCUGGCGAUGCCGUUGCGGUCAUUCCCAUCGAAAAGUCAUCUCAAGAUGACGCGCCAGUACGGGGCACACCAGAGUUGACCUCCGGACCAUCGGAUACCUCGCUUGGGGACAUAUCCCAAGGGCAAGACUUAAUAACCGAGGAAGCUAACGGCAACGUGGAAUCUGGCGGACACUCUGAGGAUCGAGAUGAUGCCGCCAAAGUAUCAUACCCCCCAGGGAAGCCUGACUCAACCCCCACAACCGACUUCUCGGAACCAAAGUCUGUACCAGGGAGUAACAUCAACCCUGUUUUCAACUCGACCAUUACAGAGAACAGCGGGAACACAACAAACACGAAUUACGGCAAUACUGUGAACAAAAAUUGUGGAAACACCACGACGAACAAUCGUACCUCGCACAAUAUCCGUGUGCAGCGCAUGAUGGCUCGCAAAUACCAUACUGUCAUCACAAACAACUACUCCGGGUUUUCACUGGAUAAGGAAACCAUCAAGACGCUGGUGCAAACGGCUGCAGCUGAAAUGCCGAACAUCACGCAACGAUACCAUGUGCCUGCUGGCAAUGAAAAAGCCAUGGUAGAACUGGCAUUAUUCGAUAUGGUCAUUGUCUGUGAUAACAGUAACUCCAUGUGGAUAUACUCGGAUGCCAUGAAGAAGACGUUACGGCAUCUUGUGACAGUCUCUUCCCUUCUUUUACCAAAGGGUAUCACAAUCCGAUUUCUCAACACCAACAACGACGGAAAGGAUCUGUACGAGAAUAUCACUGAGGGCUAUGAAGUGGACAAGAUAUUCCAGGAUGCCAGAUUCCUUGGUAUUAAACGGCUCUGGAACGGUCCAGAGCUGGGGGAUAUUGUCAAUCAAGAUAUUAUCCACCCUAUGAUCUUCAGAAAGGCCCGUGCAGGGGAGCUUAAACGGCCCGUGAUUACUAUUAUGCUGACUGACGCGGACAUACCUCCCCAAGGUCGGGAAACACUCAAAUCAGGCAUCCGCUCCUGUAAGAAUGCACCUGACUUGGAGAAGUACGGUGACAAAGCAGCGCUCUUUGUCCUCUCUCGAGUGGGCAAUAACAAACGAGGGAAGGAAUUUGUCAGUCAACUGGAAAAGGACAGUUCAAUCAAUGAUAUGCUACACUGUUCUCCGGAUAGUUUGGAUAAGUGGUUGGCAGACUGUCAGAAGAUUGGCAAUGAAAACAAGUAUACAGGCAAGCUCAUUGAGCUUUUUCUUACUGCAUUGGACCGCAAUGGAGCUGCCUGA